GGCCCGGGCGGGGGGGCGGCCCGGAGCUCGGACGGCCCGGUGACCCAGCCCCAUAGGUGCAUCCAACGUGGGGGUUUGAGCGUGAAAGGCAAAAUCCCGGUGCGUCAAAAUGACCCUCCAGAGGCCUGAAAUUAACCAGAAAGCUCAGCACGUGCCGUUCUGUAUAUUCGGUUCCGAACCGUAACUCUUAGACACCCUAAAAUGUGGACCCAGGGACCAGACUAAAGGAGUGCACGAGCCGAAGGACCCUGCAGACCUCGGGGCCUCCAGCCCCUCUGCCCCGGAGGUGACGGCCGUCCGGGGUGAAUGGGGCCCCGGGGAGAAGUCUGUCACCCGCCAGCGUGCGCGGCGUCCGCUGCUACCUUCCGGCUUGGACCUCACAUUUCGGCUGCUCUGAUAAGGGUUCAUCUCUACCCAACCCCAGCAUGUUCUUAGAACCGCCAUGCUAAUUAUGUGCAAGAACAGAUGCCCUCCUGCACGUUUUCUGAAUACCUGUCUGUCCACAGUGGCGUUUUGUCAGCACUUGGGAACUUCCUGGCCCAGUUGAUUGAGAAGAAGCAGGAAAAAGAAAACUGCUCUCAAAAGCUAGAUGUCAGAGGGCCUCUCAGAUAUGCCAUUUACGGGUUCUUUUUCACAGGGCCGCUGGGUCACUUCUUCUACCUCUUCGUGGAGCACUGGAUCCCUCCCGAGGCCCCCUUGGCAGGCGUCACGAGGCUCCUUCUGGACCGCCUCCUCUUCGCACCCGCCUUCCUGUCAUUGUUCUUCCUCAUCAUGAACUUCCUGGAGGGGAAGGACGCGGCCGCCUUCGCUGCCAAGAUGAAGAGAGGAUUCUGGCCGGCGCUGCAGAUGAACUGGCGAGUCUGGACUCCGGUGCAGUUUAUUAACGUCAACUACCUCCCUUUGCAGUUCCGGGUGCUCUUUGCCAACUUGGCGGCUCUGUUCUGGUACACCUACCUGGCCUCUCUGGGGGAGUGA